AGCGCGAGACCAUGAUGAAAAUACCAAAAAUUUCUUUGACUCUUUUCCUGGCAGUUACGGCGGCUGCCCUGGCGGCGCCGUCACCUUACACUCAGGAACAUAAAUACGCUCGAGUCACAGAUAGCUCUACUGGAGACAUACUUGGUUCCGCCUGCUCAAAUGCCCUGACCACGGGGGCGUUUUCCGACUUCGGUAUCGUCGCAGAUGUUGGACCUAAUGGCGACGGCAAUAUUACUGCCGGACCUUCCACAUUUGUUGUUCACGAGGAUCCCCAAAUGUAUAAUGAUUAUGAGUCGUUUGUGCGAGCAGCGGAGACCAUCCACGUUGUGGAUACUUUUCCAGUGCCUGGUUCUCAAGCAAACUCCACAAGUGCUGUGUCUAUGAGCAAUUUGGAGCAGCGACAAACCGGCGCGUGCAGUCAGUGGUCACCUGCUACAAGGAAAGUUGGAGACGGCGAUCCCCAUCAGAACUAUUGGCGGAAACAGUUGAGUGAGAACCUGGAUUGCGGGGACGCAGACCAUUGCACUGUUGGCGCAUCCCAGUCAAAGUCGUAUACAAUCGGAUGGACGGCGACUGCAGAUGCAUCACAAUGGAUCUCAGGCGGCUUUGCAGUGCAGGCGAGCUGGACAACUGGGCUUGACUAUCAAUGCACUGCUAGCUCCCAUCAGACAGUCUGUAUCUGGUACAACACCGCUCAUACUGCUUACACUGUUCAAAACGGACCUUACAACCUUUGCACGGGAUUCAACCCUAACAAUGGUGCCGGCUUCGUCAUGUUCUCGCCAAACCAGAAUAACAAAGGUGGCGGAUAUUAUUGCGUUAUUGGCACAUGUCGCAGCCAGGGGCAGUAUUACUGGGACAAAAGUGGUCCUGCAGGUGGGCCUUGAUGGAUCUCAACUGGUACCAAUGAUGUAAUGAUGGUAGACAUGAGGCUUGUUUUUGUGAAGUGUGUGGAUAUUAGUGAUACAAGUGC